AUGAAGAUAGAUGAAUCUGUUGAGACAAUCAAGAUUGUACCAGAUGGAGUAACGGAGCCAGAAGUCAAGAUCCAGCAGCAAGAUGAAGGCAAACUACCUACUAACAUACAAAAAACGUGUAAGUGGCCCAGUGAUGUUGCCAGUAGCUCAAAUGGGAGAGGAGUGCAAGCAUAUGAAUUUUUAGGGCAGGCAAUAGAUGUUGCUAAGAUGGCCAAAGAUAUGGGUGUUGGUGCUGCUAAGCAGGCCAAAGAUAUGGGUGUUGGUGUUGGUGUUGCUGAUAAGCGCAGAAACGAGGUCCCUUUGAAGCGGAGAAACAAAAGAAGAUCAGGGAGGAGGAAGAAACAAGCUGAAGAGAUAAAACAAAGGAAGAUCAGGGAGGAGGAGAUGAGGAAACAAGCUGAGGAGAUGAAACAAAAGAAGAUCAGGGAGGAGAAGAUGAAAAAACAGGCUGAAGAGAUGAAACAAAAGAAGAAGGAGGAACAAAGGAGGAAACAAGCUGAAGAGAUGGAACAAAGGAAGAUCAGGCUGGACAAGGAGAAGAAAAAGAUGAUGGAAAAAGAUUUAGCAAUUAAGAAAGAAGAGGAAAAACUAAAGAUCUGGCAGGAGAAGAUGAAGAACUCAGGUGCUUGCAUCAUCUUGUGA